AGUGAGAAGGUAAUGCAUAUGUGUUUGCGCGUGUUUGUAAUCGAUGUGCGUGUAUAUGUGCUUGUUUUUCCUUGCCUGAUGACAUAGAAUAAGACAAAAAAAGUCAUCGUUUCUCCUCCUAAUACUACUUCCCAUAUGCAAUAAUGGUUAGCUUUUUUUGAAAGCUUACAGGAAAUAAUGAGAGAUGCUUCUCAUAUUGCUGAACAUGAACCCAGAGAAUGAAGAAGAAGAAGAAAAGAAUGCUGAAAUCUGGCUGUCAUAUAAAUUUUCAAUAGAUGCGAAAGACAAAUCUUCUCUUGAAAUAUCGAAGUGGAAAUCUUUUAAGUAGAUAUAAAUAAAAGUUCUUUGUUCUUCGAAUGUUUUUCCUCGAGAUUCAAUUAACAUUUUCUUUUCAUCGACAUUUUAUUGAAUCAGCCAGGCCUAACUAUAUUUCUUAUUUACAGCCAAUGAUGAACGUCCCUCAUCAUCUGUGACUGCCGAUUCGGUCAGAGUGUAUCUCAAUGAACAUCCUGAUUUUCUCAACUCUUACGUUCAACAGAACAUACAUCCGAAUACCAUCGAACAAUGGAUUUCAAGAAAGCCGACGAAAGUUUCGUCCACGCGUCCAUCGGUGGCAACAACAGCUCCAUUGAUUACAUCGCAGUCGAACAGCGUUUCGACCUCGCCAAUAACACAUACGAAUGAUAAAAGAAAAAUUUCAUCGGAUUCAUCCAAACAAAUAUCAUUAACAACCGCCAAGUCAAUGAAUACGUUAGUUGAACUGAGCGAUAAACGUCGUUUAUUACAUGAACUUACUGACGAAGUCAAUCAGAAUGUUAGCAAAGCUCAAAUUCUUUAUGAACUCAAUAAAUCGAUAGCAACAACUGUGUCAGCAGAUGGAUUCAAUUUAUACUUAGUUGACGAAACCGAUACCAAUCUGCGGCUCUUCUCCGCAGAGAACGAUGAUGAACUAGCAGCAUGUUUUAUUCCUAUACGAAUUGCACCCGGUCAUUGCCUUGCUGGUUAUGUGGCUUGGUCUAAAGAAACGAUACGAAUUAGUGAUAUAGCACAUCUUGAUAUGGACAAAUAUCCGGAUGGUCUCUAUGUCAAAGAUGAUAAAGUAACUGCCGUGAUGGCGCAUCCUAUCAUUAGUGCAACUGGUGUAGUGGAAUUUUAUCGUGUUGACAAUCUUUUACCAUUUUCUGUGGAAGACGAAGAAGAAACUUUAAAGUGUGUGAAAGAGCUUUUCACCCAAACAUAUUACGAGCUUUACCAUUCCAUGACACGUGAACGACGUUUAAAUGAUUUUCUGUUAGCCGUAACAAAAUCAAUUUUUCAAGAGCUUGUUAGUAUGGAUGCUGUGAUGCUUAAAAUAAUGAGUUAUGCAAAGAAACUAGUGAAUGCCGAUCGUGCAUCUUUAUUUAUGGUCGAUUCUCGAACCAGGGAAUUGUACGCUCGAAUAUUCGAUAUUGGACGCGAGGAACACGAUGUUUCACAUUCGUCAAUCGUCGCACAGAAGGAUAUUCCAGGACAAAAACGUUCAGUUUCGGACGACCGUGAUUGUAUACGGUUUCCAAUGGACAAAGGUAUAGCAGGAUACGUGGCAACAACAGGAAAAACACUGAAUAUCGUUGAUGCAUAUAGUGAUAAUCGAUUCAAUCGAGAUAUUGAUCAAAAAACAGGUUACAAGACGAAAACACUUCUAUGCAUGCCAAUUAUGAUCCAAGGCAAUGUCAUCGGUGUGGUGCAAAUGGUGAACAAAAAGAAUGGACAUUUUACCAAGAGUGAUGAAGAAUCAUUCGAAACGUUUGCCGUCUACUGCGGACUUGCUUUACAUCAUGCUUCAUUGUACGACCGUAUUCGUCGAUCCGAACAGAAGUGUAAAGUUGCACUGGAAGUUUUGUCUUACCAUGCCUCGUGUAGUGACGAAGAGUAUGAACGAUUUAAGACAUGUACCAUUCCAAGUACUAUACCCGACCUUGAAUUAUUUGAAUUUUCGCCUUGGAGUGUUACAAAUGAUAUGAAACCAAUUUAUGUUCUUUACAUGUUUCUCGAUUUGGCUAGUAUGGAUCAAGUGAAUGCAAAUCGGUUCGAUCGAGAAUGUUUAAUGCGAUUUGUUCUGACUGUACGAAAGAAUUAUCGUAACGUUCCUUAUCAUAAUUGGUCACAUGCAUUCAGUGUCGCCCAUGCAAUUUACACUGUGAUAAAACUAACGAAACAUCAUUACACACCGAAUGAAUGUAUCGCUCUAUUUGUUGCCUGUCUUUGUCAUGAUCUCGAUCAUCGAGGUAAAACGAACGCCUAUAUGGUGAAAAGUGCAUCGACGCUUGCUUCAAUCUACUCGACGUCAACGAUGGAACGACAUCAUUUCAAUCAAACAGUCACCAUUUUACAGACGGAGACCUUGAACAUUUUCAAACAUUUUUCUUCAAAAGAAUAUCGACAAAUGUUAGAUGAAAUUCGUCAUUGUAUACUCUCAACUGAUUUAGCGCUAUUCUUCGAAAAUCGCCCUAAACUCGAAAGAGUCGUCGACCAGAAUCAAUUUGAUUGGCAUAAUCGCGAUCAUUUGCUGCUCGUGAUGGGGCUCAGUAUGACUGCCGCUGAUUUAUGCUCGUCAUUCAAACAUUGGGCCGUACAGCGGUCGAAUGGUGAUGAAGAGAAACGUCGCGGUAUUCAACCGCAAUCAUUGAUGGAUCGAUCGUUGGCACAUGAAUUACCAAAGAAUCAGGUGAAUUUUAUCAACAGUAUCUGUUUACCGUGCUAUUCAUUAAUCGUGCGUGUGCUUCCUGAAACAAUACCAAUGUUGAAUGGAGCGAAAGACAAUCUUCAUCGAUGGCAAGAACUUGCUGAUGAACAGCAGCAACAGUCAUCGUCAGCAACGAUGAGUACGAGCACGUCAACCAAUGAAAUAACCGACUCAUCUUCUGUGGCUACUCAUCAAUCCGAAUCGUCGUGA